CCAGCUAACAAACCAACUCAUUUUGCAGCUUGACUUUGUGUUGGCCACAUCCCACUAAAGUGUGCAACACAUCGCAUUCGUUAGGUUAACAACCUUUAAUUUUAACACAGGUUGUGAUUUGAAGAGCCAAGGUGAGCUAUCGUAGCAAGCAUACAGCUAUAUAUUACAGAAACUCCGGAUUUUUUUUAACAUCUUGAAGCUAGCUAACGAUAGCGUUAGCAAAGCAGCUCCAGGGAUGGCGGAGGUUCCCGGGACAUCAAGUGAGACGAUAACGGAGACUGUUCAGACUAGCACGCCGCCGCCGCCCCAGCAGGAGGGACGAAGCCUGACAAUCAAGCUGAGGAAGAGGAAGACUGAGAAGAAGGUGGAGUGGUCAAGUGACACUGUUGACAAUGAGCACCUGGGAAGAAGGUCUUCAAAAUGCUGCUGUGUUUAUGAGAAGCCCCGACAGUUUGGAGAGUCAUCCUCUGAGAGCGAGGGAGACGAUGAUGAAGAGGGCUGCGGCAGUGCUCACUGCAUCCUGGGCCACGGCAGGAGAGGCCACGGACAGAGAGGGGCCGGGGGGACCACAGUGCCCCCAAACUCUGGAGGGUCACACACCCACUAAUGAGCACCGCAGGUCGAUUGCGGGGUCUGAGUGGUUUCCCGCCACAACAAUGACACAUUACAAAGCUGCACUCUUUGUUUUAGUUUAGGUCCAUCACUGAGGUACAGGCAGGCCUGGUGCUGCGUUCUAGUCAUGAGUCACAAACUCCCGGCUGCUGGAGCAGGACAACAGCCUCUGUGCUGCUGUUCUUAUUGAAUUAGCCUCAUUGAAAACCCUGCUCUCCUUUCAACAGCUGAAUGCAUGCUCAGUAUUGCGCCAACUAACAAACAUAACAUGGAAUGAUAACUGCAAGUUCACAUUUUACAUUUCUUUUUAACUCUAUGACACAUGCUGUGAUGAUAAUCAGAUUUAAAGGGCCAUACCAGUGUUUUUUUUGUUUGCAUGUUUUAGCCCUUUUACUACAAACCACACCCAGUUAGCAUUAGCUCUCGGCGGGCGUAGGAUGGUACAAUUUGAAAUGGUUCCAUAUUUUCCAGGCAGACACUGGUUUCCAUUCAUUUCGCGACGCAGUUUGAGGUUUGUAAUCCAUCACAGUGAACGCCAUGUUCACUCCCACAGACUUGUUGGAAAUGCAACUGAUGUUUAACCUGCUGAUUAUUUUCUCAGGUCGUGGAGUAGAUGGAGAAAAAUGUCCAUCACAGCGUCCGUACGUGACAUGACUUAUUCAGUUUACUAUCACUCUUACUGCAGACAUCAGAACCAGUGAGAAUUAGUGUCAAUAAUCAAUUAUCAGUAUAGAUGUAGAUGAUUUUCUGUCCGUCCACAAACUGACACAGUCAAAAAUCAGUUUGGCUCUAUUAUCGAUUUUUUUUCGUUAUGAAUAUUUUGGUUUUCAGGAAAGGAAAUGAAAAACUUUAUUAACCAUCAUAAGUUUUCACAUCUUCAAAUGUCUUUUGUCCACAAACCCACAGACGCCAGUGGAUAAAUUCAGUGGAAAUUUUUGCUGAUUAAACGACUUGAACAAUAACUAAUACAUUUUUUGUUAAGGAAUUUCAUUUAUAUAUUUAUUUCUGACACAAAAUACGUCAUCAGCCUGCAUUUACACCUGCGUUACCAUCCAUUAGUAACAAACAGAAAUGGUGGAUAAUAUGAGCUGAAACAAAUAACAUACUGUGUGACAGUGAUGUCACCAUGUCAAAAAUGGAUUACUUAUUUACUGAAUUGAAUUCAAAAUUCUGUCCCUGUCAACAGCUAAAACAAACAUGAUAACGUGCCAGCUAAUCUGUAAGUGUUUAACCCUUUACCAUAGCAUGGACUAACACCAGUACACUAUAACUAACUAACUAGCCUCAGGUGUCCAGCAGCAGGAGCUUAGUCUCAUCCCGCAGUGAAAUGAGUGGAAACCAGUGGAAACAAAGUGUCUGUGAUUUGUCGUGAAUUCGCUGAAACAAAUGUUAACGUCUUCAACUCACGAUGCCGCCGCAGUCAGGUGGCUGCAGAGUUGAUAGGCUUUCGCUCAGACUCCCAACGUCGUCGUGUCGCACUUUCCCCAGCAGCAUGUCGGACAAUGAAGCGUCACUGGAACGCAGCAUCCAGUGAGCCGGGAGCUGUGAGGACGUGGAGGUAGAGAGGCCGUAACGUGCGUCUGUUCCUUUUGACAAAAGUGGCAGAGUUAAUUGUAUAUAAUACAGCACAAUGAUUUUUAUUUUAUUUUAUUUAUUUGCUGGUCUCAAUUCUAAACUGGCUAACACCUGAGCACAGUCUGUUUGCCGCUACAAACCGGGAUGUGAGAGUGGAUUAAAGACUGGACACCAACGCAGAUCUCCCUCUCACAUAGACUUAAUUACGUUAUUGCUGCACAGGCUUCUAGCAGCAUCAGUAUAAUCGCUCAGGCCUCAGUGAUCAGUGUCACACAGUUCAGCCCUGGGCCCUGUUCUUCACGUGUGGCUAACUUAAUGAAUUAGCUUCAACACAAGCAACACGUUAUUCAGUUCUUUAAACCUGUUCACCAAGUUUAUCUGACACCACUGUCUUAGCAACAAGACGUUGACCACAAACCUUAUUUAUUAUUUUAGAUAAUUAGCUCUAACUGUAUCUGAGGAACAGAGUUAGCUGGUUAACACCAUGAUAACCUGGAUUACUUAACCCAUGUCUUCAGACAUGGCCCCUGAAGACACGACAUGACUCAAGCUAACCUAAAUUUUAUGUGGAUCCUUCAGUUCAAAGCUGAAAACGUUUAAACAUGCAAAAAAGUGCAACAUAUGAAUUACAGUCAUUAUAUACGAAGAGAACAUUUUUAAUAAUAAAAGAAUGUAUUCAUAAUUACAACUGGAGUUUGAAUGGAGAUUUUCUUAAAUAUAGAAGAAGAUAUACUAUAACUAUAUUCUUAUCCUCUUUGAUUCCCAUAAUCAUACCAGUUUACAAAGUUGUCCCCAGGAAACUUUGUUGACUUUAAGAGGAACUGAAGUAAAGCAGCUGUUGCUUUAGCUAUAGUUUUUAAAGCUCCAAAUUUUCCUCUUCUCUUUUGUUUUAUUUGAAGUGUUGAUCCAUAAGAAGAUAUACUUGUGGUUUUAAGAACCAAAAACCAUCUCAAUGUAGAUUUACAUCUCCUCUCUCAGCCUUCUCUCUGGAGCUCUAGUGACAACAGGUCAGUGAGCCAAUCAGAAGAGAGGAGGCUCUGAGCCUCUCUUCUGAAUGGCUGACUGUUUUCUGAGUGAUUAAAUAAAAAAAUAUAGCAGAUUUCACAUAAACACUCAGAAACCAAAUCCUGCAAGGGUGGGUCCAGGUGGGUGUGGCUUGGGGCAUGGCUGAGAGCGGUGAUUGCUUUGUUGUGACAUCACAAAGUUCCAGAAGUCCUGACGGCUGGUUUUAAGGCUCAGUUUCUGAAUACAGGCUGUGAGCAUUUCUCUGUGGACUGAGGCUUUGAUACUUUCACAGUAUUAAUAUAGAAGCUAGAGCUGAUCUAUAAUCACACUACACAUGGACACAGACCUUUAGACUAUAUGGAGCUUUAAAGAAAGAAUAUUAACAGGAUGAUUGAAAUAACAAGAUCUGUCUUUAAUCACAAUAAACAUAUGUACAGAUAUGUAUUAAUAAUACAGUAAAAUGAAAUCAUUACAGUGGAAUCACAAAACUUCAUCUUACAAAUCCAUCUCUUGUUUCAGGGUCUUCUCAGCAGCUGGUAUUUAUUAGAGGCUUUGACAGUCUGAGGUGUAAGAGUCAUCGCAUAGUUUCAAGACUGAUUUAAAAAAAAAAAAAAAAAAAACAGGCUGAUAUAUUUUGAUAAUGUGCAGACACAUCAUUGACUGACAAAAACUAAAACAUCUGUAUCAUUCUGACUCAAGUUAGAAGCCCGACGACCAAUCACCUGUGCUGAUUCUGUUCUUGUUGAUUUUAUUUAAAAAUAUAAAAGAAAAUAAAAGCUCCUCCUGUGUUGGAAGAACUGAAUUAUCUGGAUAAGAAUUAGCUGGACAUCUUUAUCAGGCUAACAUGACCUGUGCCUGGAUUAGUGUAAACCAUACAUGAAGAAUGGGGGCCGUUUAGGGUCGUGAUCUGUUUCCCGCCUAGAGCUUCUUAUAGUGCAGCAGAAAACUGCAAUAAUCUUUCAAAUGUGGAUACAAGCACUAAAAUUGGUAUGUUUAUCCCUCUGGGGCCAUUAACUUUAAAAAUCCCAUUAGCCACUUGAAAUUUCAAAAAUUCAAGAUGGCUGACAUUUCUGUCAUAGGAAACUAUGAAAAGAAAAAUUUACCCACGGGACAGAUUUCAAUGAUUUUGCACUUCAGUCCUAUGAGAAAGUCAAAUUCACAACUCAUUUCCUCAGAGCUUUAUUUGUACAAUUUCUAAUAUGUAUUGUGAAAAAGUGCAUAAAACACCAUUUAUUAUGAAAGAUGUAGCAAAGGUUUUAUAAGAGUCACCAGUCUACUUGUUUAGUUGUCUUAACAUUAGCUCGCUAGGGUAACUCGCUGGCGGUAGGCUAGUUAACAAGCUUUUUUAUGAGUAAUUUUUUUUUUUUUUUGUAAGUGAUAUUUUUGCUGAAAUAUAAUUCAAUUUAUACAUCCAUUUUUACAGUAAAUUUCACCUUCUACAUUGUUAAUUUUGGACUAUUCAUAUGAGAAAAUAGUCGGUAGUGGAUGAACUUCUUGCAAAAAAUAACAUUUCCUUGCCAGAAUUGGUGACCAUCUUCAUCCAUCAUCUAAUGUGUUUAUCUAAAGAGUAAUACCCAAGGAGCAUCUGUGCCAAGUUUAGCAUUUGUAUCCACAUUUGAAAGUUUUCCCUGAAAUUUGCAGGUAUCUGCUGCGGUAUCCGACCUCUGAUUAUUUCUGCGACACUGCAACUGUCAAUUUUGCUGCAGUGACUGAUCACAAAUGGCUCUGUCAUUCGAUUUUUCUGACAGCAGUGGAUUUGGUGAACCCUCAUUAACAGAAUGAGUGCUGGUAUUUUUAAUCCACUGCUGGUUUGCAUUGGCUCUACUGACUAUUAGAUAAAAACGAUUGUUGUUUCUUUGCGUAUGAAUGAGCGAGGCGAGGACAGAGGACGGUUGAGUUGUCGGCAGCAGUGUGGACGCAUAAGCUCUCGUUCACUUAACUCUCGGAUGGAGCACCCGUAGGCUCCCGCUGGAUUCAGCUGCAUGUCUACAGCUCGUGCUCGUGGCUGUGUGAAAGUGACUGAAAUUUUUUUUUUUCGCUGUGGGGUCAAGCUGUAAAGACGGGGGUCCCUUCCUGACCGAUGUGGUGAGCAGGACAGGAGAUGAGAGGAUGCAUGACUGCCGGCCCAGGCUUUGUACUCAUGUCUCAGCUAUGACCAAAUCUCACCUGAUACAGGUUCCAUCAUCAUCAUCCUCCUAAUCCUCCCCUUCAGUUUUAGACCAUUUUUGAUAUGUGACAGUACUGUGGAUUCCACAUUCAUUUAUGCCACCACCUUUCUGUACUAUCUACACACAUAGACAUUGUUACAUAUGUACAUUGGUCUUGUACUGGUAAUGCACCGUUCUGUAUAUACUAUUAAGCAUAAUGAGAGCAGAUUUAAUGUGAAUUAAAGUUUUGAACUGUGAUUAAA